CGUAGCUCCUCCUUUCAGUAGUACUCCGUACUCAUUUCCGGUGUAACACGAGGCUCCGCCUGGCAGAUCUACCGGCAUUUUCGUUGCAUCAGCUGUCAUUUAGACCGCCAAUUCAAAAUUGAUUGCUUUUAAACUAAAUAAAACCUCAAGGAUUUAUCAUCGAAACGCGAGUCAGACCGAUUCUUAUGAAGGAUUUCGUCGAUCGCGCUACACGUUUUUGCCACUGUUAAAACAUAACGGCGCAGACGCAUCGGUGGGACAUCCAGCUCAUCACUGUAACCGGAGUGCGAUUGGUUUUGAGCCUUACUACGAAACAUAUCACACAGAUUGUUGACGUGAAUAGGCUCGGGGGAACAUAUCACUCCUUAAUUGUUUGUAUCUUAUCGUAAUGGAUAUCUGUUCAACAUCCUGACUGAAAUCGAUAGUCGCCGCUCCGAGUGGCACUGCGUGGCAAACCACCGUCUGCGAUCACACUCUCUCUGUAUUUUCCUUCAGACGACUUGUCGCGCCUUUUAUCGUGUCCGGCUAUUUCCAGGCGCCACCAGGGUGGAUUUGAUAUGCAUCAGCGGGGCUCGUUUGUUUCUCCGUUGCUCAGCGGUGUUUUCUGUCAGUGUCGCACUGAGGAAUAUCAGGGCUCUGAUCCCGGUGGCGGUGGACGGACUCUGAGCUCAGCAUAUCCCGCAGAAUGGCCCUCCGAGCACGGCCAUGACGAGUCCUGCGACUCUCCGCAUCAAUGCGCGGUGUGCGGCGGACCCGAGCAGGAACACAGACUCAAAGUGCUCUUCCAGAUUUUGGAUGUUAACAGAGACGGAGGCAUCUGUGUCAACGAUCUGACCAUCGGACUGAAGAAGCUGGGCGUUCAUAGGACUGAACAUGAACUCAUGAAAGUUGUCAAGGCUGGAGACAAGGACCUGGAUGGUCAGUUGGACUUUGAAGAGUUUGUGCACUACCUGAGGGACCACGAGAAAAAACUGAGACUGGUCUUCAAGAGUCUAGACAAAAAGAAUGAUGGUCGCAUAGAUUCACAAGAAAUCAUGCAGUCAUUGAGAGAUCUUGGGGUUCAUAUAUCUGAAGAACAGGCUGAAAAGAUCCUAAAGAGAAUAAGGAGGGGUCAUAAUUUGGCCCCUAUAAUAUAUAUGGAUAAAAACGGCACAAUGACCAUUGACUGGAAUGAAUGGAGAGAUUACCAUCUCCUUCAUCCUGCUGAAAACAUUCCUGAGAUCAUCCUCUACUGGAAACACUCGACGAUAUUUGACGUGGGUGAAAGUAUGAUGGUCCCUGAUGAGUUUACAGCAGAGGAGAAGAAAACGGGCAUGUGGUGGCGACACCUGGUAGCAGGAGGUGGAGCAGGUGCCGUCUCUCGCACCUGUACCGCACCUCUGGACCGCCUUAAAGUGCUUAUGCAGGUUCACGCGUCACGCAGCAACUCCAUGGGAAUCUUCGGAGGAUUCACCCAAAUGAUCCACGAGGGUGGAUUACGAUCGCUGUGGCGAGGGAACGGCAUGAAUGUUUUGAAGAUCGCACCUGAAUCUGCCCUCAAGUUCAUGGCGUAUGAGCAGAUAAAGCGUCUGAUUGGUAGUAAUCAAGAGACAUUAGGGAUCCUGGAGAGAUUUGUUGCUGGAUCUCUAGCAGGAGCUUUUGCUCAGAGCAGCAUCUACCCAAUGGAGGUUAUAAAAACUCGGCUUGCACUGGGAAGGACGGGUCAAUUCGAUGGUAUCGCGGACUGUGCUAAACAUAUAUUUAAAAGGGAGGGUGUGGCGGCCUUCUACAAGGGUUAUAUUCCCAAUAUGUUGGGUAUCAUCCCUUACGCUGGAAUCGACCUGGCAGUUUAUGAGACGCUCAAGAAUUCAUGGCUGCAGAGGUUUGCUACAGACAGUGCAGAUCCAGGUGUAUUUGUGCUGCUAGCCUGUGGUACAAUGUCUAGUACAUGUGGACAGUUAGCAAGCUACCCAUUAGCCUUAGUGAGGACACGUAUGCAAGCUCAAGCAUCAGUGGAAGGCAGCCCUCAGAUGACUAUGUGCGGUCUCUUCAGACACAUUGUACGGACAGAGGGUGCUAUUGGACUCUAUAGAGGCUUGGCACCUAAUUUUAUGAAAGUCAUUCCUGCUGUCAGCAUAAGCUACGUGGUGUACGAGAACUUAAAAAUCACCCUCGGCGUCCAGUCCCGGUGAGAGGAAUCCGAAGACUGUUAAAUCCGUAAUGGUAUCCGUUUAUCUUUUCCAAGUGUCUUUUGGACCAGAAAAAUAUUUUGUCCAAGGGGGCCGGUUUGCACUCGAAAGGAAUCAUAACAUCAGUUGGCCACUAAAGAGCUUGCAUGCUGGAAGAAGGAAACCUACCUUUCUAUCUCAUCAGUGAAUGGAAGAGGAACUGAAAUAUAUACGAAGAGAAAUAUUAAAUGCAUAGCUCCCGUAAAAAUGAAAGUUCAUGUACUCAGAAAUACUAUUGUUCAAAGUAUACUGCCCCAUAUUACUUUUUUCACAGUAGGCAAUAAGUCAGGGACAUACAACCUCAGCUCCCAUUUUCUUUUACUGUAAGAAGAAAAAUGCAAUGAAAACAAAUGUUGAUUCAAGUUGUCAGUCCCCACUGAGUGAAUUAAUAAUGACAACAUUUUCAGUUAAGUAAUCAUUGUCAGAACUGGAUCACAAAACCCCUAAUAUCAUGUGAAAGAGUUAGGUUUCUUGUUUAUAUUAGAUUUCAGUAUGGAUCAAUAUACUUUGAAGGAAAGAAUGAUCCAGACAUUUAACAAUGCCAGAACGGCUAAAGAGUUUAGUGGAGAAAGUCAAUAACUGAAUUCAUUUCAAUGACACAACUGGAAUUAUAUGCACUAAAGUCUUUGAUAGAUAUGGCUCUAAUGAUACAGGACUGACAACUUUAAUUUAAAAAAAUCAUCAUUCCACUGGAUGGCAGUGUUCAGUAGAAAGGGCUUGAUCAGCAGGACAGACUCCUUUUUUAGACAUUUAUGUUAUAAAAUCACCCAAAAUUUAAUACAGAAUUUAUUCUUUUUUAUUAUUGAUUUUUUUCAUCGUCAUCCUAAUAUUAGACAUCUUAAAAUGAAGUGUGUUUGCGUGCGUGUGUAUGCAUGUGUGUCGAGGAGAAUGUAGGGAAAUGUUUAAAUAAUCUUGUUUUAGAAUUGCAAGUGUUAUACAUCAAAUGGUCCAAAAGGAACAUUGUUUAGCUUUUCAAUGUUAUUUCAGCUUUUCAAUGUAAUUUAUUUUUUUGUAUAUUGUUGUUUUUUAGGUUAUUUAAUAUUCAUUGAUAAGUUCACUGUAACAACACUACAUUUACACACUCCUCAUGUUUACCGACAAUUCAUUUUGUGUUAACAGAAAUGUUGUACUUAUUACCAUGAUUGUUCAAGUUUAAAUGGACAAGUUCACUUUUAAAUCAGUUGUGAAUCAAGUUUAAACUUAUCAAGUAAGAUUGUUGAUAUUUUAGGUUACAUGGUUUUUAACAAAUUUCUCCAUACAAUAUGGUCUGCAGCACUACUGCAGUGUAAAUAUAGUUUUAGUUUUGGAGAAAUCCCAUAUAUUCCACCAGUGUUAGUUUGGAAGGAUAACACUCUGAUUUCUACUCGCUUCUUAUGAAUGAACAUAUUUAAGCACUUUAUUUUAGUUAAAAUAACCAGACUUGAAUAUUCCAUAGGAGGGUUUACAGUGGAAUUGUGGUGGAAUGAUUAUGAUUAUUUAGGUUUAUCUUUUCAUUUUUUAACUUUUGUGUUUAAUGUCUAAGUUUAGGGGUAAGAGGGUUCAGCCUUUAUAAACACUAUAAAUGUGUGUUUGUUCUUGAACUGGACAUAGGAUCUUCAAAGAUGGCAGUUAAAGGAAAACACCACCGUUUUCCAAUAUUUUACUGUGUUUACCUCAACUUGGAUGAAUUAAUUCAUCCUAUUUUUUUCAAUGCGUUCACUUAAUCCUUGUACAGAACGUUGUGAAUGUGUUAACAUUUAGCCUAGCCCCAUUCAUUCCUUAGGAUCCAAACAGGGAUGAAUUAAGAAGCCACCAAACACCUCCAUGUUUUCCCUAUUUAAAGAUUGUUACAUGAGUAGUUACACGAUUAAGGUGGCACAAAAUAAAACGUGGCAGUAAUAUUGACGGAAGUGUGAGCAAGAGGGGGAGUAGUCAGUAGUGAUGAUGAUGUUACUGUGCACAGAGGUCGAAGUGCUGCAAACUAAGUGCCCUUUCGCCAUACAAUAUAGUUCUAAUUUUUUACGUUAUAUUUUGUGCCACCACCAUACUUACUCGUGUAACUACUCAUGUAACAGCCUUUAAAUAGGGAAAACAUGGAAGUGUUUAGUGGCUUCUAAGUGCAUCCCUGUUUGGAUCCUAAGGAAUGAAUGGGGCUAGGCUAAAUGCUAACACAUUCACGACGUGCUAAAAAUAUAGGUAUGUAUUAAUUUGUCUAAGUUGAGGUAAGAACAUAGUCAAAUAUUGAAAAACUGUGGUGUUUUUCUUUAAAAUCUCAACUAUUGCAUGUCAAGGCCUAAAACUCACCAGUUUGAGGGGUUGUUGCCCUUUGUAAUUCUACAAGACUUUAGUGUUAAUAUAGUUGCCUUAUUUAUGACUAAAAUUAAGCUGCUUUUAGACUCUUUGGGGGAAUGCAUAGGAAGACCGCAUUCAUGACAGACUGAAAUAUUUUUUCUAUGGAUUCUCAGGUAGACUCCUGUGCAGGUUUGGGUUGAAGAUGUGUUUUCUCAAGUGAGCUCUUAAACCUGCUCAGUAACAGAUCUACAUGUGUAUAACUUUUAUGGAGAGAAAGUUUGUGCAAACAUAAAAACUGUUUGCUUUGUCAAAAUACUUUAAAUAGAUCUGGGAAAUUUAACACAAUCUUAACCCUUCUGAUGCCUGAUGGUAGUCAAACUGAACUCAGCUGUGGCCCUAAUCCCAUUGAAUCAAUGCAGUUUUUGUAAUGCAUGUAUGCGUGUCCUGUCUAAAUAUGCACAAAUUGCACUGUAGAGUUUUUACAUGGCUUUCAAAGCUCUAUUGCCUGCCCCAUAACAGAUGCGGCUAUUUUGUCAAUGUUUUGCAUUUUGCACCUUUCUCCACUUUUCUUGAUGGAGAGAUCUGAAAUCUGUGUGAAAUCUGAAAUCUAUAGCCUUACAGUUCAGCUGUUGCCACAGCCAUGUUACGGCUUCUGUGAGUUUAAAUGCACAGUGUUUGCCGCACACAUAUAUGUAUAUAUCAAUAUGUACUGUUGUUGGAGUCCCCUAAAUAUCAUAAAUACAAUGUUCAAAUAUAUCCAAACAUAUCUAGAUGUGAUGACACAUCUGUGAAGUUAAAGUGGAUGCUGAAAUCAAUGCAAAAACGUUUACUGGACAAUGAAAAUCAAAUCUAUUUUGUCCUGUAUGCUGUAGAAUGCAUAAAGUGAAUGUAGAGUAAAAAUAUUUAUGUUUGUAAGGUAACUUAAAUAAAGUUAUUCUUGAUUCUGAAGAUG